CUUUUAAAUACAUCUUAAAAUAGUUCUGCCUAUGUAAAUUGAACCCCAAAUUGUGUAUUAAUUCGAGUGUUUUCGAAAAGGAAAGAAUGAAAAUAAAAAAUAUAUUGGAGUACUCAAGCCUGAAAGAUUGGAUUUGUACAAGGAAAACUCACAAGUUUCUAAGUAUACUCUGCCAAUCCAAUUAUAGACCCACAUUAAAUGGGAAGUGGACGAAGAUAAUCUGAACGGGAAAAAGCAUUAUAAAAUAGUGUCAUUCAAAUUUCAAUAAGUGAGUAUAAUCCUAUUUUUUUUAAAGGUUAAAUAAAUUAAAGAAAAUCAUGUUGCUAAAAUAACUACAUUUUAUAGUGACGAGAAGACUCUUACAAUUCUAAAGGAGCAUUUGAGAAAUAAAAUCAUAUUCCAAAGGAUUUAAGACUUUUAUACACCACUUUAGACUUUGGGAAAAGGAGCAUCCUCAAGAGUUCUUCUUGUUAGACACAAAAACACUGAAUUAUAUUAUGCAGCUAAAUGUGUAGAUAAAUCCUAUGUUAAUGAAACAGAAAAUGGAAUUGAAUCUAUGUUUCAAGAAAUUUCUAUCAACAACACCCUUGAUCAUCCGUCAUUCAUUAAAUUACAUGCCGUCUAUGAGGGGGACAAUACAUUUUAUAUGGUGAUGGAUUUAUUAGAGGGAAGAAGCUUGCAUGAUGAAUUAAACAAUCAUAAAAAUGGAUUCCCAGAAGAUAUUGUUAGGAAUAUCAUGUGGCAAAUCCUAACUGGUAUCGAAUACAUGCAUGAAAAAUAAAUUAUGCAUAGAGAUUUAAAACCUGAAAAUAUUAUGCUCUUAAAGAAGGGAGAUUUGAAUUCUUUAAAAAUUGUUGAUUUUGGAUUGGCCACCUAUUGCAAUAUUGAAAAAUAUUUAUUUCCUAAAUGUGGAACACCAGGAUAUGUUGCUCCUGAGAUUGCCAAUUUAGUAGAUAAAACACUUAAAUAUGAUAAGGUGUGCGAUGUUUUCAGUGCAGGAGUUAUCUUCUUUAAAUUAUUGACAGGGAAAGAUCUGUUUCCGGGAGUUGGAUUUAACCUAGUUUUAAAAUUAAACAAAUAAUGCAAAAUUGAUUUAACUCCUUUGCAAAUGAAAAAAAUUGAUCAUUCUAUCAAUGCUUUAAUUUAGAAAAUGUUGGAGAAAGAACCAAGCUAAAGGAUUAGUGCUGCUUAAUGUUUAUAGGAUCCAUUCUUUGCAUCAUGUGCGUAAGCUCCAGGAAUGCAAGGACCUUCAAAAUUAACUGCUAAUUAAAAAAAAUAAAUGUUCUCUUCAAGUGGUAAGGCUUUGACUACUGAAUUUCCUAAUGAUAAAAUAAAAAAUAGUCCUUAAGAAAAACUUGAAAAUAAGGGAUCUUUUAUAACAUAAGAUAAUGCAUUUCGACCUGUUUAAUCUAAUUAAUAAAAGAUUAUGUAAAAAUUCAAUACUACAGAAUUCGAUCAUGAUGAAAAUGCUUAAAGUCCAUAAAUGGAAAAAGUCAUUUAAUAAUUUCAAAAAGGUGAUGUAAUAGAAGAGGAAGAUGAAAAAUGAAUAAAUUAUCAUUAAAUAUUUAUUAUUAGAA